AUGUCGCUAUUCAGUGGGAAGACAUGUAUAGCUAACUACUUGUCAGAGUCCACAAACAUGGAUGAAGCUGGGGUACCAAGACCAACGCAAGGUGUGCGAAUUGUUGAGUUCGAACUUCCGCAUGUCAAUGUCAAUGAUAAACAACUUAAAGUUGACAUCGAAAUGUGGGACUGCAGUGGCGACCACAAGUUCGAGUCGUGUUGGCCGUCCCUCCGUCUCGGCGUCCAAGGUGUCAUAUUAGUGUGUUCAUCUAACACUGCUAAUGUAGCGGCGAGGGAAAUGGAACUACUGUAUAAUUAUUUUGUAAGCCAGGCAAAAUUGACACCUAAGCAAUGCGUGGUGUUCUAUAAUUGCGAAGAUGAUCAAGAAGACUUUGACUCCUUAAGCCUAUCUCCCACGUUUUCCAAAGUAUCACAAGUGGCUGUUAAUUUAAAAACUGGAGGGAAUCGCUUGAAAAUCGACUUUUCCAAUUACGUCACUUCCUUAAUACAAACGAUAAAUAAAGUCUAA